GUGAGUUCAGUGGGUUUCAGGAGGGGAGGGGCCGCCUCUUUCCUGAGGAUCCUUACGGUAACCCUUUAGUCUUUUCUCCAAUUACUGAGCCGGAUCACUUUCUAACUUCCUGUUAGUGGUUCUGACGCCGACGCCGACGCCUGCAUGCGAGCUCUUACUGCUUAAUGCUGCAUCUUCUGGAGGUCUGCACUUCCACCGGCCGGGGCCCAGAGGAAUACGGCAUCCUGGUGUGUGAGGGGAAUGUGCUUCGUCUCCAUACAGCCGAUCCAGACGUGACGUGCAGCCCUGGAUACGGGCGGUUUUGUUAGGAAGCUCAGUUGUUGGCGCCGGUGGGUUCGUUCAGCUGUGAGAGCAGUUGUGCCCGCCCACUCCCGGUUGUACGACACCCCGUGCUGAGCAGUCGAAGAUGAGUACGUCUCCCACUCCGAAAGGCACCCCGGUGCAGCGCAGCCCCAGCGACGGCGUCCCCGAGGGCCCCCCGUCGCCCCAGCACUCCACCCCCGGCUCCGGGCCGCCGCACAAGAAGCGCAUCUCCAGCCUCCUCCAGAGUCCGUCUUUCCGGGAGGAGCUGGACGUGCUGAUCCAGGAGCAGAUGAAGAAGGGCGGCAGCUCCUCCAACCUGUGGGCGCUGAGGCAGCUGGCGGACUUCAUGGCGUCUCACGGCUCCCCGGCGGCCCUGCCGGUCUCUCCCUCCAACAUGAUGAUGGUGACGCCCAUCAACGACCUGCACGGCUGGGAUCCCGGCAGCAUGGCGAAGGGCGAGAGGCUGAUGCGCUGCAAGCUGGCCAGCACCCACCGCCUGUUCGACCUGUACGGCUGGGCCCAGAUCAGCCACACCUGCCUCACCCUGCGUGUGAGUAAAGAGCAGGAACACUUCCUGGUGCUUCCGGACGGCCUGGCCUACAGCGAGGUGACGGGAUCCAGCCUGGUGAAGGUGAACAUCCUGGGCGAGGUGGUGGAGAAGGGCAGCACCGGCCUGGGAGUGGACACGGAGAAGUUCAGCCUGCAUUCUGCCAUCUACUCGGCCCGGCCGGACGUCCGGUGUCUGUUUCACCUCCACACGCCGGCCACGGCCGCGGUCUCGGCCAUGAAGCGUGGCCUCCUGCCUCUGUCCCACGAGGCCCUGCUGGUGGGCGACGUGGCCUAUUAUGACUACAACGGAGUCAUGGAGGAGGAGGAGGACCGAGUGGAGCUGCAGAAGAGCUUAGGGCCCACCUGUAAGGUCCUGGUGCUGAGGAACCACGGCAUCGUGGCGCUGGGGGAGUCUGUGGAGGAGGCCUUCUACACCAUCUACCACAUCCAGUCCGCCUGCCAGAUCCAGGUGUCGGCGUUGUGUUCCGCCGGUGGAGAGCACAACCUGAUCAUGCUGGACCGGGCCGUCCACAAGCCCACCCCGGCCGGCACCGUGGGCUGGGCCGGCUCCACAUUCGGCCCGCUGCACAAGAGCCGCGUCGGGGAGCACGAGUUCGAAGCCCUCAUGAGAACUCUGGACAACCUGGGCUACCGUACGGGCUACGCCUACCGCUUCCCGGUGCUGCUGGAGCGAUCCAGGACACGGCGGGAGGUGGAGGUGCCGGCGACCGCCACGGCCUUCCACCAGUUCGACGACGACGGGAUCCACCCGGCGCUGAGGCAGCACCCGUUCGCCCAGCGCCAGCAGCAGGAGCGGACCCGGUGGCUCAACACCCCCAACACCUACCAGAAGGUCAACCAGGAGCAGGCCAGCCCGGGACACCAGCGCACCACCUGGUUGAAAGCAGAAGAGGUGACUCAAGCUGGCAGCACGGCCAUCAAGAUCGAGAACCCGAACCAGUUUGUGCCUCUUUUCACCAACCCUCAGGAGGUGAUCGAGACCCGGAACAAGAUCCGACAGCAGAACCGUCAGGACAUGAAAACAGCCGGACCGCAGUCUCAAGUCCUGGCCAGUGUCAUAACAGAAGACAGUCCUCCGUCCCCCGUCAGCCCCCCUAAACUCCCUCCGGAGCCAGAACCGCCAAAUCCGUUCAACCAGCUGACAGACCAGGAGCUGGAGGAAUACCGCAAGGAGGUGCAGAGGAAGCAGGACGGAGGGACCAACGGGGAGGAGGUGGCAAACGAGCAGGAGUCCUCCCCCGCCACGUCCCCCACAAAGGGCUCCCCGCCCGGCCACCCUCCCCCUCCUCCUCUGGCAGACGAGGCCGAGACCGACUCUCCGGCCAUCCAGAACGGCGGCGAGGAGGAGAAGCAGACGACAGAGGAGCUGGAGAAAGGGAUGAAGGCUCUGUCCACCAACGACACGUCCAGCACGCCCGCCCCGCUGCCCAUCAAGCCGCAGGGCGGCACCCCGGAGGGGUCGCCCUCCAAGUCCCCGUCCAAGAAGAAGAAGAAGUUCAAACCGCCGUCCUUCCUGAAAAAGAGCAAGAAGCAGAAGGAGAAAGCAGAGACCUGAAAUGUUGCAGCAGAUGCACCAGACCUCGGUGAAAUACUCCUGAGAAAUAUUUGCUAGUGUCUACCGGAGAAGCAGACGGAGUCACCUGCAUCGAAUCUACUCAAAGAGCCAUUAAAGAUGUUUACAGACACGGUAGACUAACCCCCCCCCCAUGCUCCACCGCACCGCUGACACUCACCCGUUCAUCUGACCGCAGGUUAAGCGAUAAACACUGGUAACUAUUUCUGCGAUUUGACCGAGGUCGCACGCAGUCCAUCGUUCUGAAGCACUACUUCUGAUCACAUGCACAUUGCUCAUGUCUUAAGUUCACCUGCUGUGCUAACAGUCCACGACUCCACUCCGCUGUACAGAAACAUCUUCCGUUCGGAUCACUGCUGUGAUCCUCGGCUGUCGCCACACACACACAUUUUAUUACAAACCUUUUCUUCCUCUUUUUUUUUUUUUAUUCACAAUGUUGCAAGACACUGAAAACUGAGGUCAACAUGAAUUAUGCACCCCUUCUCCAUGUACAGGCACUUGACUUGUGUAGAUCGACAUUCUCGUGCAGUUCUUCAUCACCGUCUCGUCACCGUUUCCUUUGAUUAUCAGAUAGGUGUUGCAGGUAUACUCUGUGAGCGCGGGUGCCGUACAUGUAGAAAUAUACUGAUAGCAACUGAUUGUGCUCCUCUGAAUGCUGGUUUAGUGUAAAAAAUACUGGUUAUAAUUACAGCAGGGAAGAAUACAGAAAAAGAAAGCAGGGGGAAAAUAAUACUGACUCGCAACCAAACAAACUGCUGCGAUCGCUCAUACUAAUACCAAAAGGAUGAAGAAUCUGUUGCUUGUCUAAUGCAGUUUAAGCCCGAAGGUACAAAACAUUCCACUUUUUUCUCGUUUUCUUUUAAAUGUAUGUGUGCAGAAUACCUCUUGACAGUAAUUAGUUUCCGUUUGAGCCUGUAGCUGUUACUCAAACCGCUGACGUGUGAUGUUUGCUCAUGAUUUUAAUUUAUUUUAUAUUAGGAUGUAUAAGUGAGUGUUGCAAGGUUACCAUGUAUCAGUCAUUAAAAUCAAGUUUGAUUUAAAACCA